GAGCAUUGGAUUACAGCAGGCAGGGACUGACUCGAGGGGAGGAGAACACGCCCCUUGGCCCCACAAGUGCAACUUCAUUUAGCGGCUCCCAGCAGAAGGAAACUGCAAGUCUGAAAGUGGCUGCGAGGCUCCCGGCCGGCUUGGCCGCUCGCCACAGCGGGCAGAGGCUGCGGGAGGGUGAGAUCCGAGCCAGCCCAGAGCCCUUCCCCGGCGGCGGCACCGGGAGCCCAGGAGCGGCUAAGCUGUUGUCCUGCUGUGCAUGAAGCGUGUUUGAAGUCAUGUCCAGAAGGAAAGUGCUCUAAAUCAGCAUUUUGCAAGUGAAUAGAGAUGCAAUGGAGGUAGAGUCCAGCACCUACACCGACUUCAUUUCCUGCGACCGGGCUGGCCGGAGGAACGCUGUCCAUGACAUCCAGCGAGAGGCAACCACCAUCAGCAUGCGCAAGCUGACCGAGGACAUGGGUGACCUCGCUGUUGAGGGAGCAGAAAGCCAAAGAGAUGCCAGUUCUUCUGACAACGACCCUGGAGCAAGACCAAAGGGGCAGGAAAGCAGCCCGUCCCCAUGAGAGCAAAACGGGGGUGGGAUGGGCAGGAGGAGGGCCUUGCUGUGAACAUUAAACAAGAAUUGGUUGAAUCUGUGGACAAAAGCCAACCUGGAACAGCAAGUCGUCUGUCAAAUGCCUCUGCUGGAACCGUGCUUGUGUAGAGAGACACAAGACACUUGCAAGGACUGGCACCUCCAAAAGACUUCUGCCCCCAUCCCUAAUGGUUUAGAGCAACACUGCCGUGGCUGUAGUGAUAUGAGCCAUUCUCGAGAUGCCUUAGCUGCAAUUUUCUCUUAGGGGAAAAACAGUUUCAGUAAUAAUAGACACACCACAUUUUCCUGUCCAAGGUACCUUCCUCCUUUGUAGAUUUAGACUAUUAUUUAUUCUGUUUCCAUAGAUUAGAAAUUUAGAUUAUUGUUUUUUCUAAGCCUCACCCUCAUCUGCAUCUUAGACCUGGCCUCUGGAUUGUCCACAUGGCCCCUCGUCAGGGUGGGCAGCAGGGAAAGGACCCGACCUGUCCUGCUGCCCUCAUGUCAACACCACUCACCUGUGCUGCUGCUGCUGCUGCUUAGCAUCAGGAAAGGACCAAAGCACAGCUCUGUGGGGAUGAGCCCCACCUGGAGACCCAGCAGCACCAGCCACAGGCAUCUCUUUCUCUGGGCUUUAACACUUCAAGGUGUUCUUAAGGGGAGGGGAGGAACAUUUUGCUGGUUUGACUGUUGACAUUCAGGCUUAACUUUGCAAGCUGUUAGCUGAGAUGAUCUCUGGUAGGAUCUCACACCCUUCUCUUUAAGGAGACAUGUUUUGUGUUAAAGAUGGUUUGAUAAAACUACAGAAGCUGUUGGAAUAAAUGACAUAGCCUUCAACUCCUGAGGGUGUUUU